AUGGAGAAUACGUCAAAUUUACAUGAUUUGAAUUUGGAUAAUAAUCAAGGAUCAAAUGUUUCUCUUCCAUCAACAUCAGCUGAAGAUUAUGCAAACGAUCCUUUGCUCGAACAACAAUGGGCAAUGAAAGCAUUUCAACAUGCCGAAACGUAUUUUAAUUUACUUUGUGCAAUUGAUGCAAAACAAUUACGUUUAUCUCGCCAUGAUGAUACCAUUUAUUCUCGUUUUCGUGAAACAUUUCCUGAUUUUAAAGUCGAUCUUCUCGACGAAAAUAAACUCAAGUCAAAGGAAGGAAAAGAACUAUGGAGACCGUUAUGUGAAGAAUUCCGCGAUCUAAUCGAAGAUUAUAAUUACGGUACACUUAUACGCACGGAUUCCAAAGGUGAAUACAAUAAUGAAAACACAUUGCUAGUCGUACGAAUACAAUUUUAUGCGAUUGAAAUUGCACGCAAUCGUGAAGGCCAUAAUGAUUCAAUUCGUCAUUUAUAUGGAUCAAAAAAGUUGUGA